AUGGCAAAAAAGUAUAUGAUUGAAGCUCUUGAUGCACUUCUGAGAGAUAUUAUGGAUGCCGAUACAAUGUUCGAUGGUAAAAUUAUUGUAUUUGGAGGUGACUUUAGACAAACUCUACUAGUUGUUCGAAAUGAAAAAAAAGAUGAUUUUAUUCACGAAAUCUUAUUGUAUUCUGAAAUUUGGAAUAAACAUGAAAAAUUGUACCUAUCUGAAAAUAUGCGCGCAAGAACAGAUCCUUCUUUUUGUGAAUAUUUACUCCGAAUUGGAAAUGGAACAGAAAGAACUAACUGUGAAGACAAAAUAGAGAUUCCUGAUUCUUUUGUUAUUCCUUUUACGACCGAAGAAGAAUCCUUAGAUGCAUUGUUUAGUGUAACGUAUCCUGAUUUGCAUGCAUUUUCUCCUGAUUUAUCUAUGAUAACCUCUCGUAUUAUUUUAACAACGAAGAAUGACUUUGUAAAUGAACUAACACGAAAUCUUAUUGUAUUCUGA